AUGGUUGAGUCCAAAUACAGUUAGUCCGACUCCACGAAAGCAGCGUCUACGAUAGCCUUCUGCGAAAAUGCUUCAUGCAUCAUGGAAAUCAGUUUCAUGUGUUCUGCAAUCACUUUUCCCUGAACAGAACUGUUUUCAAAAAGGGAUGCAGAACGCGACUUGCACUGUGCAGGAUUAAUUGAGAUUUUUCGAAUGCAUUGAGCUUUUUUCGCUGGAUGCUAUCGAAGGCACUGCUCUAAUUACGAUUUCAGAAGAAGAGGUUCUGUUGUUUCGUGCUGUUUCUAAAAAAAACUUUAGACAAGGUUUGAUCAUUUCGUCCGAUGUAACUCAUGUAUGAUUUUUAGUUGUUCGAAUAAUUGAGAGAGGACAAGCACAGGCUCAACAUCGCAAUCAAGAUGGGAAAACUGUUAUUAUGGUGCCUAAUUACUUUGAAGAAUCGAAUUCGGUACAAACCAUCUUAUUUAUUUGUAUUCGAAGCGAAAAAGUCUUUCAGAAAAGGAUUUUCAAUUAUUUAGUUGAUCACGGUCUAUCAGUCAACUCCGUUACGAAAAGCGGUGAAAUGUUACAGGGCAUCUUGCAGAUAGCCAGGAAAGUUGCAAAAAAGUUAAUAAAAAGUUAGCUUAUCUCAUAUUGAACUUUUUCAAGUUAUUUUUAUGGACUUUGUCAAGUCCACAAUCAACCGAUAACGAGAUAGUUAUUUUUUCAGGUAAAACAGCUAUGCAUUUCGCUGUAGAAGCAAAGAAUUUUUAUCUGGUCAAGCUUUUGAUUAAAAGACACGCGGAACUACGGAAGGAUAAGGAUGGCAAUCAUCCGCUGUUCAUGGCAGCCUUGGAAACUAAAGAGGCAAUUUUUAUUUCACAUCUACAAAUUGAAGGGGAAUCACUUUUGCAGUCAAAAAUAUUCGAGCGAUUGUUGAAUUACGUUGGCGAUCCGAAGAUGGAAAGCGAUGCUUUGUUGCUGCGAGACUGUAAUAAUUUCCUACUGAUAUCGGAUAAGAAGUCCGUUGAAGCUUUUAACAUUGCAAAAAAUCGAAUGCUCUCAACGGUUGGUUUCAAGUUCAAAACAAAAAAUGCGAAGGAUCUCAAAAUUAGAUAGGAGACGUUACCGAGAGGAGACAGGAUUCUGGAGACGACGUCAAAGUGUUGGGCUCCUUGAGAUCCGACUAUUUGAAAGUACUGUCCUUUCUGCGAUGAGAAAGCACUUUGAAAGUUGGAAAAAGGAAAGAGUCGAAAGUGGUAACAUCAACUCGAAACUGUCAUUUCUCUCGCAUCUAUCAGCAACAAUUCGAGAUUUUCGUUUGAACUUUUCCUCAAAGAAAUCAUUCGCUUUUUCAAAUUCCUUGCAAUAAAAUUUUUACUUUUUUUUUCAAGAGAUUCUUGUCUAAUUUAACUUCUUUUCUUUCCACAGAUUUUCGAGAUAAACAAAAAUCUCCUCGGCCGGAAUAAUUUGGCGUAUCGUCGGGCAAUGUACAUAUAUAUGACGCGCAUCGGAUUAACACAGAAGAUUUAUGAGCGGUUUGUUUUAGUUAUUAUAGUCCGUUCAGAUUUUGAAUGUCAAGCAGCUAACUUCACCCCCAAGGCUACAAUGUCUUUCGCGUCAAUGUUUUAUCUACAGAUAACGAGGACCCUUUAAUAAGGCUGCACUUUUGACUUCUGUUUCUAUCUUUUAGAUCAAAAAAGAUCAAAAUUAGUCCCGCGCGUUAAAACAUCGACGCGAAAGGGUACCGUCUCAGCAGGGUGGAGUUAGCUGGUUGACAUUCGAAAUCUGAACAGACUAUAGCUUCAUGAAAAAAAUUGGAAGUAAAGUUUUUUCAUGAAAUGAAAAAAAAAACAUUUUUUCCCUCACAUUUAAAAUUCAAUUUUCAGAGAGCAGGAAAUAAUCCACGAAAUGAUUUUUUUGUAUCUAGAGUAUGUCAUUUAUUUUUUAUUUCCUCUCAGCAAAAAAUGUUUCCAGACAUGAGCCGAUGAUGGUCGAGAGGACGAUCGGCAACUUUUUAGAAUGCUUUCAAAGAAUAUUGUACACAGGAAAACAAGAUGAAGAAGACCCAGAAGAGACGGAACAAUCGAAAAUCGCUCUUGCAGCUCAUAUAUUCGAGCUUAUAUCUGACAUUUUAGAAGCAGUUCGUUUUUGUAAAUAAGAAAGACACCUAGAAAUUUUUGCGCAACGGAACGUUUUAUACAGAAAGCUUGCAAAAGCUGUUGUGCAAAAUUUAAAUUUUUAGAACCUACGAGUUGAGAGAGCAAUAUAAACCUGAUUUUUUCAGGCUCCAUAUCAAAAGUUGAAAGCUCCCAACUUCCGCAAAUGGUGCACAAUUUUGGCUUACUUCGCUAUCGGGUUAUAUUGCAGGGUUUUUUUUAAAAUUUUUUUCUCAAUGGCAUAAUUCAUACAUGGAUAAAUGAUGACAUAAAAAUCGUGACAAUUACGAUUCUUUUUCUAUGCUAAAAAGUGAAUAUCAGACAGUCUAGAGAAUUUUCGAAAAGUUCUCUGAAGAACUGACUCAAAAAUAUGAAUUCUUUCGCGACAAGGAACGACAAUUACUUGGAAACUGACUAUUAACCUUCCUUGUACAUAAGAUUGGUCUUUUUUCCAGGAAAAAGUUAACUACAUCAUUCGUAAUGAUUCAGAUUGAUAGCCUUGAUGGAACCCUGUUGAAAUCGAAAGAGCAAAGAAAAUAUUCAAAACUCGAUGUGAGCAAUUUAACUUUUUUCUUUUAAAACUACUUGCUAUUAUUUUUUCAGCUGAAUCGAUUCGUCCGAAACGCCACCGCCCUGGAGAUUCCCCUAGUUCAUUCGUUGGAUUUCGUCUCGUAACAAAUUCUUUGAAGAAUGUGAAAAUUAUUUAGAUUUUUAGAAAAUUCAAGUUGAUUAGACAUUUUGUGAAAGCCGGCGCCAACAUCAAUGGUAAAGAUCUGAACGGAGAAACUGCGCUGGCGGCCCUUUUUGUGUCCAAUUCUGCCCAACGUCAUAAUCUUUUUCAUUUCUCUUAUCGCCUUUCCGAAGGGUUCCCACCCGUUCCUCUUCUGUUUAUCUUCCCGUGUUUUCAGUUACUGGCCUUUGGUAACCGAGUUGAUCAGAUUAGGAGCGCGAACGUUUGUCUACAAAAAUGGAUUCACCGUUCGGAAAUGGCUGAAGAGGCAAAAGGGUUACGAUCCGUGUAACAGUUUAGGUUGGCUUUUUUUUCAUGUACAUGAAAAAAAAAGAAGGAAUGUGAAUACACGAGAUUUCUUGCUCUAAGACAGUUUUUAGUGAUCUUUUGUCAGUUCUGUAGGAAUAUAUGUGUAUACUUCUGUAUUGCAAGCAAAUUCAAUUUUUGCUCAUGGCAAGAGUUUCUCUUUUUGUACUUCUAGACGGGCUGUGUGUUCAUUUUUUUUAGUCACAAAGAUAUGUCAUUUUUUGACUUUUUUAAUAAACCCGAAGAGUUGAAGUCUUUUCGCUCAACUCUGAAUAGCAUAAAAACGUCAAGUAGUUGCUGGGUAACAACUUGCAAAAGUCAAUCGGAGUUUGCUAAUCGGUGGUCGUUUGUAUGCGACCGGGUACUACACUAAUUCGUACGCUGAAUAGCGCCCGCGGUUUCUACCGCCGAUCACCCGUUGAACCACAGCCGAGCACUCAAUUUUUCAGCUUAGAUGCCACCUUUUAUGGCGUGUUCAUCGGACAAAACGUAAAUUGCCUCGAAACGUAAAAAAUUUCUCCAAAACAAAAAUUAGUACUGUUUUGAAGCAACUUUGGCGCGCCGAUGAACACGAUUUUUCGUUUUUAAGCAUUUUCCGUUUUUCCGAUGAACACGCCAUUAGCAUAGGCGCCACCUGGCAUUUCAGAAAUUUUCAAAUUGCUGGAGAAGUGCGAGGUUGUGCGCGAGAAAAGAGCGAGAUGUUUGCGAGCUCAUCGGUGCGAAAAUAAAUUGAUGUACCGCCGCCGACCUCGCCAUUCUCACGCAGACUCGGAAGUUAUAGUCUGUGUGCCACGACUUGAAAUUUCACCGAACGACGUUCCGCUUUUCCGCUGCGUGCGUUCGCGAAGCGUCUUUCGCACUUAUAGGUCACGCUUUCAAUUUUUUGUUAUUGCUGUGAGAGCACAUGAAAAUAGAGUACCUUAAUAAAAAAAAAUUAAAAGCGCGACCAAGGUUCGCAAAGGCGCGCAGCGGCACAGCGAAAUGUCGUUCCGUAAAAUUUCAAGUCUUGGCACACAGCUUAUAUCGAACUUUUAAAGCGAUAUCGAACAACCGCCUCUAGCGAACUAGAAGAAGCCCAAAAGUUUAGUCGAAAGAGUUCAAAGUACAGUCUUACGGUUCAUUAUAUUUCUACACGAAAUUUAACGAAUUGCGUCUUGACGAGCUCAGAAUAUAGUGCAUGGUUCUAUGCAACCCGCAGACUGUGCUCUAAGUGACGGUAUCGAAAUGAGAGCAGCCCCUUCGAGUGAAGACUUUAUACGGGAACUUCUGAUCGCCUUUCCAACAUUUCCGUGUAUUCCGAAAAAAAAUUCGAAAAAUUUCAUAUAUUUGAGCCAUGGGUCUAUUUUCCUGAACCUCUGCGGACGUUCACAUCCCUCAAAGAUCGAAUGAGUUUCCAGAUGAGGAGAUCACACUGAAGGACCUCGCUGCACAAGUUGUCGAAGCCCACUACUCGUUGGACUAUUUGAAAAAGAAAUUGCCAGCAGCCGACGAGCUCCAGCCGCACAAACUUGAAUGUAGAAGAUUCAUUGGCCUGUAUUUCUAGAUUUUGCUUUUAUAUUUGCCUUUUUUCUUGUGUUAUUUUUAUCUUUCUUCUUGUAAUAUUGUUGUCCAAUUUGAGAACUCUGUUGAUUAUUCGCCAAGCGAUCAUUAUGUCCAGAUAUAUUUGUUUAAUCAUUUGCUAACAUUGCUGCUCACCUUUUCAAAAUGAAUCAGUCUUAAUUCGACAGGCUCACAAUUGUUAACUUCGACGAUGAAGAUUGUGAUGUCGUUUCAUGCGCAUCUACUUAUUAUAUUUCCAAACUUCUUCCUUGUGAAUCUGCACACAAAAACGCUUCACAUUUUUGUGACUUGAUCUUCCCAAACUCCGUUGUUUCAGGUCAGUGUAGUAAAUACAAGGCCGGCAAUUCCACGAGCGCCGGUCAAUUCACUAGGUCUCCACUCGAAGAACGAGUGGGAAAUUGA